AUGUCCGUCCGGAUCAGUACGGUUCAGGGCCAGCAGGAUGCCGCGGUGCAAGAACUCGCUGAUAUCAUGCAGGAAAUGGCCAAGCGUUUGGAAGAGCAGGAUGCCAGGCAGAAGAACCACCAGCGCGACUAUACCAUGGAAGUGGGCGCAAUGAAACGCCGUAUGGAGGAUAUGCUGCAGAGCAGCCUACGGGACUGCAGGACCAUCCGCGAGGAGUACGACACAGCCGUUGACAGUCUUGGGAACCUUAUGGAGGAUGUGGCGCGGCGAGUGACCAAAGCAGUCCAGCACUACGAGGAGCGCUUCUCAUGCGACCUGGACAAGUUGCGUGAGCACGUGGAUAAGUCGUUGAGCACCCACGGGGCAGUGCUCUCCCAGAAGAUCGACGCAGCCAUGGCGGCCAUGGAGACCCGCACGGUGCAGGAAAUGGAUCGCGAAGACUCUGAAGACGGGGCGACGGGCAGCGCUUCCACCAAGCUGGCGCCGAAUAACCCGGAGGUGAUGCGUCGGGUGGAGUCCAUCGGCCAUAUGCUGCGUGCGGAGGCGCUGGCGCAGAGCCAGGCCUUCGAGGCCAAGUUGGCCUCGGUGGAGGCCAGCCACUCCGCGGAGUCCAAGAGGCGCAACGAAACGACGCGAGGACGCGACGCGACGCGGGAGAAGGGCCCGCGGCCGCACGGCCGGGUGGAUGGAUGGCUGGAGGUUCUUUUCCUUUUUUAA